AUGGCUCGGUGGUUCAUUGACAUGUACAAGAAACAGCAAGACAUGAUCCCCUCUUUGCUACGAUUGGCUAAAUUAGACUUCAAUUUAGUGCAGUCAGUCUAUAGGAAGGAAGUCAGCAAUCUAGCAAGGUGGUGGGUUGAACUUGGGGCGAACAAGAUGACCUUUUGUAGGGAUAGGAUGGUGGAAAGCUAUUUUUGGAGCAAUAGUAUGGUUUUCAAACCUCAACAUACAGCUUUCAGAGAAAUGAAUGGGAAGAUUGCUAGUAUGGUGGUACUUAUUGAUGAUGUUUAUGAUAUAUAUGGGACGCCAGAAGAACUUGAGCUCUUAACAGAUUUCAUUGUCAGGUGGGACAUCACAGACAUCGAUAGGCUUCCUCCAAUAAUAAGGGAUAGUUUCAUGGCCAUGUACAACACGACCAACGAAAUUGGGUAUUGGACGAUGAGAGAGCGAGGAGUCAACCCCAUCCCUUACCUGCGGAAAGUGUGGGCCGAUCAAUGCAAGGCGUACCUGAAGGAGGUCCAUUGGCGCAGCAAGGGCAUUAAACCGACCCUGAAGGAAUACAUUGACGUUGCAACGAAUUCAUCCGGAGGGCUGGUUUUGUUGUUGCCCAGUUACUUCCUAACCACGGAUAAAUUGACAGAAGAGGGACUUGAUUACGUGUCUAAAAUCCCGAGCAUCAUGUGUUGUUCAUGCAAGAUGACUCGACUCAUCAAUGAUUUCAGUACAUCAUCGCAUGAAUUGGUACGAGGAGACAACUUGAAGGCGUUGGAAUGCUACAUGAAUGAAACCGGUGCAUCGGAAGAGGCUGCACGUGAACACAUCAUGCAUAUGGUGCGUGAGGCCUGGAAGUGGAUGAAUAGAGCCGUGUUUGAAGACUACCGAAUUCCCGGAUUAAGGCCUUUUCUUGGUGCCUGUUUAAACAUGGCACGAAUUUGUCAUACUUUUUACGGAUGUGGAGACGGAUUCGGCCAACCCAGUAAUGAUUUCAAGGAUUCUCUUGCGUCGGCUAUAUACGAACCCGUGCCCCUCGAUUAG